CAUUGCCCCACCUUUUCUCUCGUCUCUCUACCUUGUUGAAUAACAAUAAGUAGAAGUUCGCUGAUUGAAAAGACAACUGCAUGUACUAGAAUCCUCGAACCGCACACUACAAAGCGAAACUCACUCACCAUAAUUGCGCUUGUUCCGAACUAAAACUCCGCGCGUCAACUUUCUCGCCUACGUUACAAAAGUCCGUCUCGCUUGUCGUGAGAAACACCCCCACGACAAACAAAAUGCCAUUGCCUCCGCCAUCGAACUACGAGCUGCACUCGGACCUUCCCACUUCUCCGAAGCCGGCUCAAAUGCAGGUACCCACUUCUAUUUGCACUUUUACAUACAAAUGUCCACUGAAUUCCAUUGGAGGUAAUAUUGCUAUUGAAUUGAUGCUAGUUCCAACAUUACUAGUGAGUUUGCUAUAUGUCACCGAGACAGUGACAGCAACCACAAUUAUUAUAAUAGUGCUCAAAAUCAAAAUAUCAAUUCCAUUCAGGUACCGGGGGCGGUUCCGGGCGGGAUCAACAAGUUGAUUCCCAGUGCGUACGCGAUGAAUUCGACCGCCGGGGGCGGGCCCCCCACUCACACCACGUACGAGAUCAAGGAUUUGCCGCCGACGGUCGGAGGCUCUCGGUACGCGGCGAAGAAGAAGGCGGCCGCGACACACGCGGAAGGGCAGGCGGACAGCGCGGUUGUGGUGGACAGUGGACGCGCGUCGCGCCCGUCGAAUUCUGCCAGAGCGACCGCAACCUCUUCGGGGGAUCGGGGAUCGACGAAGUCGGAAAAACCGUCGCGGACGUGCUGCUGCUAAGGUGGUGCACGAGCACGAUUUUUGAUGUUGUGCAAGUAAGAACGACGAGAACGACUUCCUUCAUUAUCAUUCGAUAUCCUUAUCCACAUUUCUCUUGAAGGUAGUGAUCGCGAACGAGAAGGAAGAGGAACAGCAGCACCGACGGAAUCUCACAAAAUGGUCGUGAACUACUGUUUUACUCCUUUCUUUGCAGAUGAGUUGUCGUUCCGCGCUGUUGAUUUACUAGUACGUUUGCAAUUGCGGUGUUGCAAUGUCCUUGGCGCUUACAAAUAUGUUAAAAAAGAUGGCGAUCUUGAUUCAAUAUUUCCAAUCUAUCACACAGAAACUACAGCUAGGAUUCAUCAACAAAAUUAACGAAGGUUUAAUGCAUACAUGAUGACAUAAAAAAAGACAACAAGGGGACGAUAUUAGAUGGCAGGAGGCCAUUAGCUCCCGUACCCACUGUGGCUUCUCUAGCUCUACGAGCACUUCUGCUUUUGCAUUUUCUACAGCAUGAAGUCCAUACAGUUUGCUUUUCUGAUCACCUAUGAUCAGCAUCCGCUCUCCUUCUCUAUAUCUAUUUUCUUCGAGCACAGACAUACUCUUCACAUAAGAAUCAUCUACAUUUCGUCGGUCAUCCUCAUCGCUCCGUCUGAGCCAUGCUACUGUAAUUUUUGCAGAAACUCGCCACUGGAUAAGGACUACGACCAAAUGUUGAAGGUGAUUCGUGUUUAGUAGUCACGGGUGC